AUGACGACCUCUAUCACGAAAAUCCUCCUGCUCGACACGGAUUCCGACCAAACCCUAGUUGCCGAUGUGCUGGCAGCGGACCCAACUGCGACAACUUUUCUCCUCAACUGCCCCCCAGGAACUGACAGCAAUGAUUGCGGUACCUACAAUGAGAGCGUGAUAGUUGGCCCGUGGGCGAAACCGACACCUCCACCAGAUGCAACGACUGGAAUUUAUGAUGUAGACAUCUCCAUGCCAGAUGAGAGCUGGUCCUUUCACAUCCACUGUGAUAUGAGCCUGACCGUCCCUGUGCAAUGCACGACAACAAAUCUCGGAGGCAAUGACGACGGCCACCCAACUGCUACAUUCACCGUUGCCAGCGACGACAUGAGCAUGGGCUGGGGUUAUAUCCCAGUCACCAUUACUGCUGGGCUGGAGAAGUUGGCCAGCGCUACCGACUCGGCUGGAUCCGUGGUCACGGGCGGUUCAGGCACUGCUGGUACGACGACUCUAUCCGGCACCGCCUCGAAUACGCAGAGCGCUACGUCGGCGACUGGCACGAAUGCAGCUGUGCUUGGCCGUGGAGAUCCAUUGACUGGCACCCUGGCACUGGCGGCGCUUGCAUUUGGGUGGUUGCUACAGUAG